AUGUCGGCCCCGGGACGGCUCCUGCUCCUCGCCGCCGCGCUGGCCGCGGGCGUGCAGCGGAGCGGCGGCGCCGAGCAGCCAGAGCCUGCUCUGUGGUCCUCCAGCAGCGACAUCGUUCAUCCAGUCAAGGUUGAUGAGAGCGGAUCCUUUCUGUCCUACGACUUGUCCCACCGAGCCCUUCACAGAAGGUCUCUUUCCUCCAAGAACAAGUUUCUUGCUUUCUAUGAACUGCAUUACAAAGGACAACCGCUGAAAUUCAACCUGAGCCUUAACGUCAACCUCCUCACCCCUGGGUUUGUCAGUGAGAGGCGGUACGGGGGAAUCGCCGGUGCCAAGAUCCAGUCCCACACGUAUAACUCCUGCCACAUGAUCGGGGAGGUCCGGAGCCGGACGCUGAAGGGAGGCCUGGCUGCGCUCAGUACCUGUGAUGGGCUGAAAGGUGUGUUUCGGCUCAUGGACGAGGACUAUUUCAUUGAACCAGUAGCCGCCAGCUUUCCCGAGGACGCAGCAGCACAGCCCCACAGGGUGUACAAACGCCAUGCUCCUGAGCACCCGGGAGAGCAAGAGAGAAAGCAGCCAGCAGCAUGGGCAGCCUGCGGUGUGCAAGAAUCUCAGGAAAGCCUAGAGAAGUCUGAGAAGCGGCGGGAAAGAUGGGAACAGAAACAAUACAGGAAGAGAAGAAUAAAGCAGCGUUCCAUCAGCAAAGAGAAGUGGGUGGAAACGCUGGUGGUGGCAGACACCAAGAUGAUAGAAUACCAUGGCAGUGAGAACAUCGAGAAGUACGUGCUGACUGUGAUGAACAUGGUGGCGGGGCUGUUCCACCACGCCAGCAUUGGGAACCCCAUCAACAUUGCUAUAGUGCGACUCAUCCUGCUGGAGAAUGAAGAGGAGGAUCUGAAAAUCUCCCACCAUGCAGACAACACCUUGAAAAGCUUUUGCAAAUGGCAGAAGAGCAUUAAUGUGAAAGGAGAUUCCCAUCCCUUGCAUCAUGAUGUUGCAGUCCUGCUCACAAGGAAGGACAUCUGCGCAGCAAUGAACAGACCCUGUGAGACCCUGGGUCUGUCCCACGUGGCGGGGAUGUGCCAGCCCCACAGGAGCUGCAACAUCAAUGAGGACACAGGGCUGCCCCUGGCCUUCACUGUGGCCCACGAGCUUGGACACAGUUUUGGGAUUCAGCAUGAUGGAAGCAGCAAUGACUGUGAGCCAGUUGGGAAAAGACCUUUCAUCAUGUCUCCACAGCUCCUGUAUGACACGUCCCCGCUCACCUGGUCCCGCUGCAGCCGGGAGUACAUCACACGGUUCCUCGACCGGGGCUGGGGGCUGUGCCUGGAUGACCCCCCUGCUCAGGAGGUGCUGGACUUCCCCCUGGUGCCUCCGGGCGUCCUCUAUGAUGUGAGCCACCAGUGCCGCCUGCAGUAUGGUGCCUACUCCACCUUCUGUGAUGACAUGGAUAGUGUCUGCAACACACUGUGGUGCACAGUGGGGACUACGUGCCAUUCCAAGCUGGAUGCUGCUGUUGAUGGGACAGCAUGUGGGGAGAACAAGUGGUGCUUCAAUGGUGAGUGCGUGCCCGUGGGUUACCGUCCUGAUGCUAUCAAUGGCAGCUGGGGGCCCUGGAGCUCAUGGGCUGCCUGCUCGAGGAGCUGCGGUGCGGGUGUGCAGAGCGCCGAGAGGCAGUGCAGCAACCCCACGCCAAAGUAUGGGGGCAGGUACUGCCUGGGAGAACGGAAACGAUUCCGGAUCUGCAACAUCAAGCCCUGUCCUCCCAACAAGCCGUCCUUCCGCCAGGUCCAGUGCAGCCAGUUCAACCCCAUGCUUUACAAGGGGAAGCUUUACAAGUGGACACCGGUGCCUAACAACAUUAACCCCUGUGAGCUGCACUGCCGGCCGGAGGACGAAUACUUUGCAGAAAAGCUGAGGGAUGCCGUCAUCGAUGGGACCCCGUGCUAUGAAAUGAACUCCAGCCGAGACAUGUGCAUCAAUGGCAUCUGCAAGAACGUGGGCUGUGACUAUGAGAUCGACUCCAACGCAGUGGAAGAUCGGUGCGGUGUCUGCCACGGGGAUGGCUCCACCUGCCACACUGUUAAGAAGACAUUUGAGGACAGCGAGGGACUGGGUUAUGUUGAUAUUGGGAUUAUCCCUGUCGGAGCCCGAGAGAUCCGGAUUGAAGAAGUCGCAGAAGCUGGAAAUUUUCUGGCGCUGAGGAGUGAAGACCCAGAGAAGUAUUUCCUGAACGGUGGCUGGACCAUCCAGUGGAACGGGGAUUACAGGGUGGCAGGGACCACUUUCACCUAUGAGAGGACGGGAAACUGGGAGAACCUCACCUCUCCAGGGCCCACUGUGGAACCUGUGUGGAUCCAGCUGUUGUUCCAGGAAACCAACCCUGGUGUGCGCUACCAGUACACCAUCCAGCGGCCAGCUGACAGCGAGAACGAGAUCGAGCGCGCUGAGUUCCUGUGGCGCUUCGGCUCCUGGACGGCGUGCACAGCCACGUGUGGCACCGGGGUGCAGAGGCAGAUUGUGCACUGCGUGGAAAAGCUGGCUGGCAUCGUGGAGGAGCACUACUGUGACACACUGACACGGCCUGAUGACCAGCAAAGGACGUGCAAUGAGGAGCCCUGCCCAGCAAGGUGGUGGGUUGGUGAGUGGCAAAAGUGCUCAGCUACAUGUGGGACAUCAGGGUUGAUGAAGAGGACGGUGCUCUGCAUCCAGAGUGUGGGAUUGGACGAGCAGAGAGCUUUGCAGCAAGCGGAUUGCCAGCACCUCUCCAAACCAGAAGCCACUGCUCCCUGCCAUCGGGAUGUCCCCUGUCCCUCUCAGUGGGCUAUGGGGAACUGGUCAGAGUGCUCAGCAACAUGUGGGAAUGGAACACAAAGACGCCCUGUUUACUGCAGCAAUAAUACUCAAGCAACUUGUGACCCUGCACAAAGACCCAGCUCGGAAACUAUUUGCUCCUUGCCACGGUGCCAGAAGAAAUUAGACAACACCAACACUGACUGGUCUGGCAGCGGCUCUUCCAGCAGAGAGAUUUUUAAUGAAAUAAAUUACAUUCCAAAUAACCAUAUUCCCCAAUUUAACCCCGUAAUUCCAAAUAUCCCCGAGUCCAAUGAUGUCAAUAUCAUAACUGAGGAUGACUUCUCAACCAGAAAGGGAAAUUUCUUUGUUGAUGAUUUUUACUACGAUUACAAUUUUAUCAACUUUCAUGAGGAUCUGUCAUACUACCCCUUCACUGAGAAGGAGACCAAAAGCGAGGGCCCUAAGCCAGAGUGGAACAGCAACAAUGUGGAGGAGUCUCCUGAGAUGCCUGCGGAUGUCCUGCACACCAGGAAGCUGGGAGGAGGAGAACAUGAGGAAGAUCUGGUGAAGGAAAUCGAAGCAAAUGCUUCUGCUCCUGUGCAUGGCAAAGAGGAGACUGAGUCAGGGGGUUUGGUCUUUAACAACCUAUUUGAUGUGUUCUCUGAGGGUGAAGAAAUGGGGACAGCCACUCCCAGCACUGCUGCUCCUGCUCUCACAAGGAAUGAGGGGGAAGAACUGCCUGUGCCCUAUUCCGAGGGUCCACUGCCCACCCAGCCUGCAGUGAGUCAUGGCUCCACCAGCAGCCUGCUGCUCCCCAGGCUAUCCCUGGGUGCUACACUGGUGGGCACCAGUCCUGCGUGGGAUGCUCCACCUCACAGCCUUGAUUCCUGGGCCCUGACCAGUCCCUCUACACCGCUGCCCGUUGACAGGGACAGCCCCGGUGCAGGCAGUACACCUAACAGUCUGCAGCCUGUGGGAGAGCCUGCAAACAGAGUCCAGGACCGUGCAAGCACAGUGACUCCUGAUAGUGCAGGCCGUGAAAACUCAAGGGAAAUGGGAUUUGUCAUCACUGGUGAUAAUAAUAGCGCUGCCACAAAGACCAAGGAGCAGGAAGAGUGGGCAGAAAUACCAGCACUGGAGGGGACUGCACACACGCAUGCAGCACCGGUGACUGAAGAGCUGCUGCGUGUGACAGAUAGGGUGGCUCCAAAGUCCCCCACUGCACAGAGCCCACAGCAGGAGAUGGGAAGGCAUGUAGAAGGUCCCCAUGAGAGCCCCCAUCCUGCAGAUGCCACCGUGGGCCCUGGAGGAGAGGCAGGGCAGCAGCCAGGAAACCACAUCCAUCUGUCUCUGAUGUUGGUUCCCUUGGUAGCCACCACAACAUCGCUGCCACCAGUGCCUGUGUCCCCCACCAUGCAGGGACCGCUGACACAGCUCACUGCCGGUGACCUCACCCCACAAGGUGCCCUGGUGCCAGCCAUGCCAGCAUCCCCAGCUCACAGCCCUCCCACAGGAGCAUCACCCUCCAAGCCCUCAGCAGUGCCAGGGGCCAAAUGGGGACCGAGGGCAACACAGGGGCCUUACCACACAGUGCCAGUGCCAUCCCCCGGCACCCAGCAGCACUCCAGCAUGGCCCCAGUUGGCCACACUGCUCCUGAGGAGCACUCACCACCAGCAGCCCCAGGGACACUUGCUUACGGUGCUGGGGAGCACGAGGUGCCCCAGCCCACCCCCACACCCCUGCCAGUCUGGGAGCAAGAGGAGGCUUUGCUGCUGCCUCCUACCACCAUAGCAGGCACUGCAGUGCCCAGCUGGGAGGUCGGCAACUGGAGCGAGUGCUCGGCCACCUGUGGUGUGGGUGCAAUCUGGCGCAGCGUGCGCUGCAGCACCGGCACUGAGCAGCACUGCGCCGCCGCCAGCAAACCCGUCCCUGCUCGGAGGUGUUCCCUGAGACCGUGCUCAUCCUGGCGUGUGGGGAACUGGAGCAAGUGUUCCAAGAACUGUGGUAGGGGCACGAAGGUUCGGGAUGUGCACUGCGUUGACACCAGAGAGCAGCGGCUGCUGCGGCCCUUCCACUGCCAGGCUGUUCUCUACAAACCCCCGGCGCAGCUGCCCUGCCAGAACGCACCGUGCCUGGACUGGUACACGUCCUCGUGGAGAGAGUGCUCGGAGCCAUGUGGUGGAGGGGAGCAGGAGCGCCUGGUGACGUGCCCGGAGCUGGGCCACUGUGAUGAGACACUGCGGCCCAACAGCACCCGGCCCUGCAACAGCCACCCCUGCACCAAAUGGGUGGUGGGAUCCUGGGGACAGUGCUCAGUGCCCUGUGGAGGAGGCAUCCAGCGGCGCCAGGUGAAGUGCAUCGACACACAGACUGGGCAGGCGCAGGAGGACAGCAGCCUCUGUGACCACGAGCCGUGGCCCGAGAGCACGCAGAAGUGCAACCUGCAGAACUGCGAAGGCACCGAGGCAGGCUUCGUUUGUGAGCGGGACCGCUUGACGUUCAGCUUCUGCCAGACCCUGCGGGUGCUGGGAAGGUGCCACCUCCCGACGGUCCACAUGCAAUGCUGCCAAAGCUGCCGCCAGCACGGGCACCACGGGGCUCCUGACCAGGACCGCGGGGACGAGCGGGCCUCCAGGAGGUGACAGGACCAUCCCAAGCCCAGAAAGCACCUGGACCCGUGGUGGCUCUGGGAGCAGCCCUGCGGCACAGGAGGGAGCUGGGGACCAGCCAGCCGUGCUGCUCUGUCACUGCACAGGGUGGCGCAGCCCAAGAUCCACACGGUGCUCUUGCAAAACACAGGGAAGGCAUGAUUUGUUUCAUUUGUGCUACACUUUAACGGUGCUCAAACGGUCCCUCUGAGAAGUAUGUCUGGUUGGGCCGGGGGUGCAGGUCUCACCAAGUGUGCUGUGCCACAAUGGGCAUAGCUGUCUGUUAGGGUCACAGCCAUCACUGAGCAAUCAGAGAGAGCAUGUUAGGGAAGGGAAACUUCAAGCAGCAAUUAUGCGGGGAGUCUUCUCAGAAAUGCUAAUGGUGCUAUCGUUUGAUAUUUUUCAGCCUCUUGAUGGUGUUGGCAGGCCAGCACAGAACUCUUGAUUUCUAUUGUUAUUUUUAUGUGUAUAAAAUGAGUAUCAUUCCACCAGUACAGCUGACCAUUUGGAUUUUUUUUCCCCCCUUAAGGGACUGGAAGUUGGCAACCCAUUUCUGUAAUUUUCAUUGGAUUGUUUACGCACUGAAGCUCAAUAACCAUAAUUUAAGAAAUGGAGAGAGAUCAGAGGAAGAAAGCUUUCAGCUUUAGUUACCACCAGAAGCCCUGGGCUUGCAGUGCAUGCAGGGGCCCUGCCCUCUUUGUGCUGAUGGCUUCAUCUGUAAAAGCCCCCACCUGUGUGCGGAGCAGAGGGGCUGGCUGGGGAUACAAGGCAGGAAUGAAGUGAGAGAUUGCUUUGGAGUCAAACAGUGUAGGCCCUUGAGUGGACCAGUGAAAGAGAUGGAAAGCUGUUCUAGCCCCAGCUGUGAGCAAUGCGUGUGCAUGGCAAACACUGCUCUUAUUUGGCCACAUCCUUCCUUGUGAAAGCCCAAAAGGCAAAGUGAAUUGUACUUACACAACUGGAUUUCGGCAUGCAGUUAUACUGCAGAACUUUAAUGGUUGGUUAAGGUGUUUUUCUGUGCUCUUACCAAGCUAAAAACCUUUCUGCUUAUGUAGAUGCACUUCUGUUAAAGUUAGUUGGUUCUUUUUUACUAUAGUAAGUGCUACUGUAUGAGAGGCACCCAGCAGCUGGUCCGGCAGUGCUGUAGGUUAAUCCUUGAGGCCUUAGGGAGGAUUUGCUGUUAGGUUGGCUCCUGGAGGAGGGCGGGUGCAUUUUGGUAGCACUCCUUUCUGUAUUACUCUGCAGGCUGAGAAACUGGGAGACUGUGAACACAGCACUGCUUGUGCUGAGCUCAGUGGAAAAAGGACAGAGCCCAGCAUCACUGCAUUGCAUUGAGCAGUGUGGUCACACGCAGACGGAUGCUUAAGUUGUACUGUCUGGAACAACUGCAGAACUGUGUCACGUAACAAGGGGAAUUCCUGUCUGUGACUUGCAUGUAAAACACAAGCCAUGACUUCACCAUUUGUGUUGUAUUCCUUUCCAACGUGGUGUAAAUUUUUACAUUUUAAGAGCCUGUGUUCAUUCCUGUUUUCUUUUGGGUUGGCACCGUCUGUCCCUUGCUUCUGUCAGCGCUCCUAGGUUUUGCUAAGGAAUAGCUAGCUGUAAACGUGUUGGGUUUUAAUGGCUAUCGCCCACAAGUGUGUUAAAUUAAACAGUUAUUGAAGGAAA